AUGAAGAUCCUCCUCAUCUUCACCCUCUACCUGAUCUCAGUGAUCUACAGAAACCUGAGUUUACAGGAUUCAGGAUCAUAUCAGUGUGGAGAGACUGGAGUGUGGAAUCGCACUGUGAACCUGAAAGUGAAAAGAGAUCCAUGUUGUUUGGGGUCAAAGACUGUGUCUGGUUAUCUGGGAGAGACUGUCACCAUCAGCUGCUCAUAUCCAGAGGAGUUUGAGGAAAACGUGAAGUUCUUCUCUAAAUGGACUGGAGAAUAUUUUACUGAGGUGAUCUAUAUCACAGAGACUCAGAGAGGCAGAUUCUCCAUCUUGGAUCACAGAAGAUCUAAAAUUCUCAGUAUGAGUAUCAGUGACGUGAGAGAAGAUGAUGGAGGAGUUUAUUUCUGUGGAGCUGGGAAAGAAAUGGAUGCAAUCCGUCAUAAGUCCUUCUUUACAGAGAUUCAGCUACAGCUUUCUGGUGAGAUACAUUAACUUUUACAACUUUUCCUGUAUUCAGUGUUUAUUGGUGUUGGGUGGAGAU